CUCUUCAUGACCUCCACCAGCAACCUUAGUAUCGGGGAACUCGUCGUCGCCGGUAUUCUGCUCUGGCUCUCAUGGAAAUUUCUUCGUCUUUACCUGUUCUUCCGCCCGCGAGACCAGCACUCUCUGCGCUCGGUGGCGAUUCUUGUCCUUGGAGACAUUGGGCGCAGUCCGAGGAUGAUGUAUCACGCUGAAAGCUUUGCAGAGAAUGGCUUCGAGACGAACAUUAUCGGAUACUCUGGAUCAACACCGAUACCUUCGUUGCAACGCCUGCCGGUCGAAUUUCGUUACCUUCCUCAACUGCCCACUUGUCUCCGACGCCUGCCCUUCAUAUUCUUCGCGCCAUUGAAGAUAAUCCUUCAGAUUACCUCAAUACUACUCGAACUUCUUGUACGCAUCCCAAAACCACCAGAGUUCAUCCUUGUACAGAACCCUCCAAGCAUCCCUACCCUUGCUAUCGUAUAUCUUGUCGGACGAAUACGCGGUUGCAAAGUCAUUAUUGACUGGCAUAAUUUGGGCUAUAGUAUUCUAGCCAUCAAACUAGGACCCGAUCACGUAUUCGUCAGGAUCGCCAAAUGGAUAGAGGCCACCUUUGGAAGGAGUGCGUAUGCCCACCUCUUCGUAACACAAGCCAUGUGUGAUUUCCUCGUGAAAGAAUGGGAUCUCCAAGGAUACAAGGCAGUCUUGCAUGACAGACCUCCCCGUCAUUUCCACCGUUGCUCACCCCAAGAAGUGCAUGAUCUGUUUGUCAAAUUAAAACCAUCAAUAGCCGCGCCAAAAUCGCUCACCGGCUGGCUUCCACCUUCAUCUAUGCCUUAUUCUACCCCAUUCACCGAUACGACUUCCCAAAUAAAACAACUUCCAGAAAAACCCGAUGAUGUCUCACUGCCUUCUCUAACAUCGGGGGUACCUUUCAAAUCCAAAACCUUAAAAUCCUUUCACGCUACCAUACGCACUCCCACGGAAACCUUCGAUCCUCCCUCAUACUCCGAGAUACACUCUCCCCGUCUUCGCCGAGACCGGCCUGCGCUGGUAGUUUCCAGCACCUCGUGGACACCUGAUGAGGACUUUGGUAUACUCCGUAAAGCUUUGGAAAUAUAUGAAGCCAGGGCCAAAGAACUGAACCACGGAGGACAGCAGGUCCUUCCCAAACUUCUGAUGGUCGUCACAGGAAAGGGAGAACUUCGUGAUGAGUACAUGAAGAGUACGGAAAUGUUACAGCGAGGAUGGACGUGGGUUCGAUGUGUCAGCUUGUGGCUGGAACCAGAGGACUACCCACUGCUUCUUGGUUCUGCGGAUCUCGGUGUUUCUCUGCAUUCCAGUUCCUCUGCUCUCGAUUUGCCUAUGAAAAUCGUUGAUAUGUUCGGCUGUGGUCUGCCCGUCUGCGCGCUGAAAUUUAAAUGUUUGGACGAGCUUGUCAAGGAGGGUGUAAAUGGACUGAUAUUUGAAGACUCCGCAGAACUAGCUCUGCAGUUGGAGUCUCUUCUCACAAACUUCCCGUCCUCGACGAAGCUAUCUUCCCUAUUACAAAAGACAUCAAGACAAUCGACAUCGCACGUACAUGCGCCUCAUGAUCAUGCGGAAUCAUCCAGUAAUGUUGAAUGGGAGUGGAGUUCGUGGGAUGAGAAUUGGGCCCGUGUGAUGAGGCCGCUUAUCUUACGUGACUUACAGCGCUGAGGUGCUAAAGAUAUAAAUGUAGCA